AUGACGGCCAGGACUCUGGAGAAACUGGUCUCGGGCGGGUUCGCGGCCCCGCCGGAGGGCGGCGCGUUCCCGCUGGAGGACGGAGGGUUCCCCGGGGGGGACCUGGGGCCCCUGGGGGCCCUGGGGGGCCUGGGGGGUCUGCAGGGUCUGGGCGGGGCCCUGGGGACCCUGGGGGGCCACUACGAGCACCUGAGCGCAGACGGGCUGCUGGACGGGAACCCGGACAAGCGAGCGCUGGAGUUGUUCCCGUGUGCGCCCGCGCCGCGCGGCGCGCAGACGUUCACCUACAUGGGGAAGUUCUCCAUCGACCAGCAGUUCUCGGGGGGGCCGGGGCCCGCGGGGGGGCCCUGCUGGGGCCCCGAGGGCGUCAUCAACAUCGUGUCCGGCAUCUUCAACGUGGCGCAGCCGCACCUGCACGGGCACGGGCACGGCUCCGCGUCCACGUCCCCUGGCUCGGCGGGGGCGUCGCCGCCCCCCCAGGGCCCCCCGGGCCCGCACUUCCCCGGCGCGGCCCUGAGCUGCAGCAUGCAGCAGCAGCAGCAGCAGGGGGGGACGGACCCGGACCCCCCCCACGCCCACGCGCACGCGCACCUGUACUCCCCCCCGCCCCCGCCGUACUCAGACAUGUUCCAGGACCCCAGCGCCUUCCUGUCGCCGGGGGCGUACCCGCCGCCCUCAUACCCCUCACCCAAGGCCCCCUCGCUGCUGCCGGACUACUCCGGUUUCUUCCAGCCGGCCUCGUGCCAGCGCGACGUCCACGCGGACCGGAAACCCUUCGACCCGUUCCGGGUUCCCCCUCCGCUGACGCCGCUCAACACCAUCCGAAACUUCACCCUGGCGGGCCCCGGGGGCCCCGGGGGGCCCGGCGAGGGCGGCCCCCCGCGGGGGCUGCCCGGCGCCGCCUACAGCCCCCAGAACCUGCCGCUGCGGCCCAUCCUGCGGCCGCGCAAGUACCCCAACCGGCCCAGCAAGACGCCGGUGCACGAGCGGCCGUACCCGUGCCCGGCCGAGGGCUGCGACCGCCGCUUCUCGCGCAGCGACGAGCUCACGCGCCACAUCCGCAUCCACACGGGCCACAAGCCCUUCCAGUGCCGCAUCUGCAUGAGGAACUUCAGCCGCAGCGACCACCUGACCACGCACAUCCGCACGCACACGGGCGAGAAGCCCUUCGCCUGCGACUUCUGCGGGAGGAAGUUUGCGCGCAGCGACGAGCGCAAGCGCCACACCAAGAUACACCUGCGGCAGAAGGAGCGCAAGAACCCGGGGCCCGGGGGGGCCGGCCAGGGGGCCCAGGGGGGCCAGGGGGGGGUCUGA